UUUUAUGCAUCUCAGGCUGAUAAGCUCCUCUCCCCAGAGUUCCAGCCUUCAGUAGAGCAGUUGAUUCAUUUCCUGCCUACCAAUCGUCAAAUCUUGAUGUCAGCCACUUUUCCUGUCACCAUUAAGGACUUUAAAGAUAGAUAUCUUCAAAAGCCUUACGUUAUUAACCUUAUGGACGAGUUGACUUUGAAAGGGAUCACACAAUUUUAUGCAUUUGUGGAGGAGAGACAGAAACUCCACUGCUUGAACACUCUCUUCUCGAAGCUGCAAAUAAACCAGUCAAUUAUUUUCUGCAAUUCAGUGAACCGAGUUGAGCUCCUUGCCAAGAAAAUUACAGAACUUGGGUAUUCAUGCUUCUAUAUUCAUGCAAAGAUGUUGCAGGAUCAUCGCAAUAGAGUAUUUCAUGAUUUCCGCAAUGGUGCAUGUAGGAAUCUUGUUUGUACUGAUCUUUUUACUAGAGGAAUAGACAUUCAAGCUGUCAAUGUUGUCAUUAAUUUUGAUUUUCCAAAGAACUCAGAAACUUACCUGCACAGGGUUGGUCGAUCAGGGAGGUUUGGUCACCUUGGUUUAGCUGUGAACUUGAUUACUUAUGAAGACCGCUUUAAUUUAUAUAGGAUUGAACAAGAACUUGGCACUGAAAUAAAGCAAAUCCCACCUCACAUUGAUCAGGCAAUUUAUUGCCGGUGAUUAGUGGUAAAUUGCCGGGUUGCAUUUGCAUUUGUGGUGAGUGGCAAUGGGGAAUGUGGCUGUUCUCAAUGAAGCAGCUGCGUUUGUAGUUUAGCGUGAGAGGAGAUCCAAUAUGAUGAUUUGGUUAUUGUGGGGACGCUGUGGAAUGAUGCUUUAUGGUUAAUUUAUGGUUGAGAGCCCCGAAACACCACUGGGACCCUCAGAAGUGGGGUGUUGAAUUUUGAUUGGCAUGGCAGGAUUGAAAGAUGGGGGGGGGGGUCUAUUGCAUUUGUGGCUGUGUUUGCUGCUAACUUUUGUUUCUGUAGUCGUGAUUUGUUAUUGGAUCUGUUUAGGGAUGUGCCUUAUCUCACUCGCAUCC